AUGAGCCGGCCUCCAGCAACAUCACGCAAGCUCAGGCGUGUGCUGGUGCUACUGGCGCUGUUCUUGACGUGUCAGCAAGCAACGCAGACGGCGAGGGCUUUGCUUGGAGCGGGGGCCGUGCCGUUUCCAAGGUCGGUUCCUGCAGGAAUAUGGGCACGCAGCUUGCUCGUUGCACGCAGGGCUGAGGCUGAUGGCACUUUGGAUGGUGGUGAGGCUGUCCCAUCACAGACCGCUGAAACGGUCGAAGAUGCCAAGAAGGGUAUUACUGGGAAGAAGGCUUCCUCAGCAAAGUAUGAGGUGGAAGAGGUGGAAGAGGCGACGACCCAGGCCAAAGCAGGCUUCGAUCAGGCCCAGUGGCUGCAAAAAACAGCUGAGCAGAUCCGGCAGUUUGGAGUGGACGAGGUCAGUUCUUGGGUCCGGGCGGCCUUGGAAACGGAGAACUACGGCGACAAGCACCAGAGCAUUGCCGAGAUUUUGAAGCAGAACGACGUGAGGGGCACCGCGCUCCUGGAGUUGACUGCGGAGAAGAUGCGAACGGUUGGCAUUCUCAUGGGCCCCGCUGAAGUCCUGGCCAAGCGCAUCGCUGCUGUUUCUGCCCCGCCGACGGCCGCAAGCGGAUUCCAGGUGCCUGAUGCACAAAAGGCCAUCCAGGACAUCCUUUGCCCAAGCUGGACUGUGCGCUCUCCCAGGGCGAUGAUGCCACAGCUCAUCGCGCGCGAGGAGGCCAAAGAUCAAAUCCUGGAGUACAUCCAGGGGGCCUUGUCACAGGAUGACUACUACUGGGAGUCCGGGUCAAGCAUACACAAGUGUGCAAUCCUGACGACGGCCGGAAUAAAGGGCACAGGCAAGACUCGAGUACUUCACGAGAUGUGCACGACAUGGCGGGACGAAACCGGGGCGAAGGCGGCUGUGACAGUGGACUUCAAUGGGGGGAGCUAUUGGGACCACAGCAAAGCUGCAACCGAAGUGUUUUCAAAGCUACUCCUUCAGCAGUCAGGCAUGCCUGCGGAGAAAGCAGAAAACUGCGCGGCCGUUCUUUCAUUCAAGCAGGUGAUGCAGUGUUUGCGAGAGAAGCUGAAUUUGGGCGCCGACGACCUUCUGCUGGUAGGCAUCGAUGAGAUUCGGCAGUUCGAGACUCUUGCUGGCAAAGACAGGGCCGUGCAACUAGUAUCCAACCUCAUGGGAGCCCAGGACGAGUCCCUCCUCCAAACAAGCAACUGCCCGGUAAUCUUCGUGUGGACAUCGCUGCUUGAGAGCUACAUGUCGACGCUGAUGAGUGACUCCGGGCGCUCUGUGCUGCUGCCGAUCCUGUUGAGGGGUUUGCCACUUGUAGAGGCUUUGCAGCUGCUGCCCGAGGAGCUUCGCGAAGAACUGGACAAAGAACCAUCCGGACGUCAACUCGUGCGACAGCUGCUGGGUCAUCCGCGGCUGAUGUUCGAUGCUUUGAGAAAGGAGUACUCCAAGCUCAAGAAGCCUCCUCGGAAUCCACUUGCAUGGAAUCAACUUCAGCAUGCCAUGGUAACUCAUGCCAAGCUCGGAGACCGAAAAGCCUUGGACAGCGUCGAGGUGAUUCACUGGUGGUCUCCUCUCGCUUCCACAACUCGAUCAGUACUUGAAGACCUCCGUCUGCGUGGUAUUGUUCAUUCCGUGCGAUGUGGCAGCAGCUUCAUCAACAUCCUUCAUCCCGUAAUGCUGCAACUUUGGGCGCAGAGUGACGGAACCAGUCUCGCAGGCCAGAUCAACGAGAUGUUCGAGCAGGAUGCGAUCAUGGAGGACACAAACGAGAAGAAGUUUGAGGACAUCGUGGUCCACUUCGACUGUGCUGUGCGCCUGGCGUUGGGCAAGAGCAAAUGCACACUCGAACAGCUGUUCCAUGGGGCGAGCUUUCGACCAACAACAAGUCGUUUGCAGAACGUCGUCGUCACCUCCACGCAGAAUGUUCUUGCACCGUUGGAGUAUGUCAAGUCCUUCGUAUGUGUAGAGGAAGUCCUGCAGUCCCUCAAAAGCGGUAAGAUCGUCGUGUCCAAGCUGCGCGACGAGCCGGGCAUCGAGUACCUGAUCCCGUGGAUGGUCCCGGAUCCCGACGACCGAAGAAAAAUUCGUGACUUGAAGUCGGAGUGCAAUAAGACAGAGGCAGCUUCUCUCCUCGUUCUUGGCAUCCAGACGAAAUGUGUCAGCGAAUAUGUCCCAAACUGGCCCAGCGUUGCAAAGAAAGCAGAGGAUGCGCUGGAUGUCUUCCAAAACCACCCGGACGUUCUUGGAGCCCUGCCCGUCUUCUACACCACCGAGGUCCGUGUUGAUACCCCCAAUCUCGAGAUUCCCAGCAUUUACUUCAGCGAAACGGGGCUCGCAGAGCUAAUGUUAGAGCGGACCGGUCCACUGCGGCUAUUCUUCGAGAAGCCCGGCGAUCGGCUCAAGAAGAUGCUUCCGGACUUUUUCGAGCAAAAGAAGGGUUGCAUGCAAGAGCUCUGGUCUUGA